AUGUCGAAACUCACUGUCAUCAUCAAGAACCAGUCCGACAAGACAGAACAGUUCAUGAUAUUCAACGAGAAACCCGCCUUCUCCAAAGAAGUUGGCAAAUCUUGGAAUAACGUAUGGGGUACGUCGCCCGGUGUGGGUGCCGUGCACGGCAGCGCUCGCUUCGGCAUCCAACGUGAAUUAUUUGCCGUCUGUGGUAUGGAGCCCAAGGCUCUCGAAGACGAUCUAGUAGUAUCGACGAGCGAUUACGAAGAAGUCAAGCUCACCGCUGGAGAGACGAUGGGGACGAACUGCAUGCUAGAGAUUGUGCAGGGAGGCGCGGUAUUUGAUGUGAAGAAAGUCGGUACGAUGAGCAAGAAAGGAUCAUUCGGAAUCAAGACUGGCGAUUACGAUGCCACCGAAUACAAGUAUGCAUUUUGCGGCCUGGGCAUGAAAUCCCCCAUCCCAGACGUCGAAGACGUACUCCCGGUGUCGGUUUGGCAGGCUGAGCCUAACAAAGCGUACCAAAUCACCCCGCAACAAGUCUACUACAUCUCCACUGGUAGCUACGCAACGGGUCGCAUUGUCAAUGUUGGAGAGCUUGGAUUGGUGUGCAAGAUCGAUUUCACUGGCAAGUCGGAGACGAUUGCUACUGUUGUGUACAACAACAACCAAAAGUACGAACCAGUUGUAUACUCCUUUGACAACGGUGAUAGUGCUUGA